ACCUCUACUUUGUUCUCCCCUAUGUUGUUGGUGUAUAUAUAUUUUCUGAAAUACAUGCAAGGCCGACAAUUAUUAUCUCACAAUAUUUCAGUCUUUGUCCAUGGAACCAUCUUCUUCCUCCGUUUUUAUUUUAUCUCUUUGCGUUUUAGUUGCUUUUUGCAGCUCAGGAGGAGCAAUUGACCUGCCAGGCAAUGUAACAAUCAGAGCCGUUUUCAUGUUCGGAGAUUCAAUCGUUGAUACAGGCAACAACAACAAUUUUAAAACGCCGGCCAAGUGUAAUUUCCCUCCUUAUGGCAGGGACUUCAAGGGAGGAUUGCCGACCGGAAGAUUUUCAAACGGCAAGGUCCCGGCUGACUUCAUAGUGGAUGAAUUCGGAAUAAAAGAGCUUUUGCCAGCAUAUUUGGAUCCAAACCUACGACUUGAAGAUCUUCCUACAGGUGUGAACUUCGCUUCAGGUGGUGCAGGAUAUGAUCCCUUAACGGCAACAGUAGAGACAGCGAUACCAUUAGCCGAUCAAUUAGAACUGUUCAAAGAAUAUACAGAGAAGUUGAAGAACUUGGUUGGAGAAAACGAAACAAAGACAAUCUUCACAAAUAGUUUAUUUGUGGUGGUUGUAGGCAGCAAUGACAUUGCAAAUAUCUAUUAUAAUUCCCAUAUCAGACAAUUGCAGUUCAGUAUCUCUGCUUAUACUGACUUUCUGGCUAGCUCGGCUUCCAACUUCUUAAAGGAGUUAUAUGGACUAGGAGCACGACGGAUAGGAGCCUUCGGUGCGCCGCCACUUGGAUGUUUGCCCUCAUCAAGAACUGUGGCUGGUAAAGGAAAAAGAGAUGAAUGUAUAGAGGAAUACAACCAAGGAUCAGAGAUGUUCAACAAUAAAUUUUCUGUGGCGAUUGGUUCCCUUAGUAGAGACUUGCCUGAUGCCAAACUGGUUUACAUUGACAUCUACAGCCCUCUGCUUGCGCUCAUACAAAACCCCAGUAAAUAUGGAUUCGAAUUUGUGGAUAGAGGGUGUUGUGGGUCAGGAACUUUAGAAGCAGCAUUUUCCUGUAAUUCUUUGACGCCAACAUGUCCUGACGCGUCUGUUUAUAUAUUCUGGGAUAGUUAUCAUCCUGCAGAAAGAACAUAUAAGAUCCUGGUCUCUCAAGCUCUGCAAAGAUAUGGCGAGAGUUUCUUGUGAUGAAAAUACUCACCGGCUAGCUUGUGUUCUCUUAUAUCAAGUCUCUUUCUUUCCUAUAACCGGUUCUCAAGAUGUUACAUUUUCCAAAAUAGUUGUUACUCCUUGCAAGUGUGUAUAAGUAUAAAAUUUUAAGAAGUUUGAGUUUGUAAUCUCAAGUUCUGUAUGAAAGAAAUUAUAGACAGCUUUGGCAA